UACUUUGUAUGGUAUAAUAGACUAGAUCAAUUCUAUUCAUUGACUUGAAAGACAAGAUUAUUUAUGCUAUUAGUUUAUAUAUUUCCACAUACUUGGUUAUUUCAACAAAAUCUUAUUCAAUUUCUGUUUUUGUUUCAUAAACAAACCAAUCAAGAAACAGUCAUGGCUGAAGUACUUGUCUCCAUUGUGGUUGAACAAUUGGGCAAUUUCGUUGUGGAACAAGUUAAGGAACAAGUAGAGGAGCUAAAAAUGGCUAUUGGGAUCAAGGAAGAGAUUCAAAGUCUAUCAUUGAAGUUGAAAAUGAUAAGGGAAGCAUUGGAUGAUGCAGAGAGAAAAAGGGUCAAAGAUGAAAAUGUUAAACAUUGGUUAGAAGUUCUUGAAAUUUUUUCUUAUGAUGCAGACAAUGUGUUAGAUGAAUGGCGCACAAGAAUACUCCAGAAAGAAAUUGAAAGACAUGACUCUCUUCUUGUUGCUGGUGCUGGUGCUGGUGCUGGUGCUGCUGUUUCCAUUCCUAAGAAGAAAGUUAGCUGCUUUUCACUGUCUUGUUGUUUUACUUUCAAGAAACUUGAGAUUAAUCGCGAUAUUGUUCGUAAAAUAAAGGAAUUAGAUGUUAAGUUAGAAGAGAUUGUGAGGGGAAAAGAUCAGUUCAAUUUUGUAGUUAAUGCAACUGGUGGUGGUGUUUCUGAUCAAGAUGUGUUUAGGAGAGUUAUGACUACGGGUAUUGUUGAUGAAUCAGAAGUACAUGGUAGGGAUUCUGAUAAAGAAGUUGUAAUGAGGAAGUUGGUUGAGAGUAGUGAUCUAGAAAAUGUACCUGUUGUUGUUUCUGUUGUGGGUACAGGUGGGAUUGGAAAAACAACACUUGCCCAACUAGCUUAUGGUGAUGAGGAAUUGAAGGGUCAUUUCGAUAAAAGAAUUUGGAUUUGUGUUUCUAAUCCUUUCGAUGAAGUCAAAGUUGCAAAAGCUAUUCUUGAAGGGCUAACUAAAAGCUCUCCGAAUCUGUCUCAGUUUCAUAUGUUGUUAGAAAGAAUUCAAGAAUGUGUCUCUAAGAUAAGGUUCUUUCUUGUGCUAGAUGAUGUGUGGUCUGAAGAUUAUUCUAGAUGGGAACCAUUAAAGAACUCCCUCAAGAAUGGAGCUCCUGGAAGUAGAAUCUUGGUUACAUCCCGGAGUGAGAGGGUUGUGGGGAUGAUGGGAAGUUCUUACAUGCAUAGGUUGGGACAGAUAUCAGAUUCAGAUUGCUGGGCAUUGUUUAGUCGGAUAGCAUUUUCAGGAAGGAGUAACGAGGAUCGUGAGAAUUUAGAAGAUAUUGGAAGGAGAGUUGUUCGAAAAUGCAAAGGAUUGCCACUUGCUGCAAAGACUAUGGGAAGUCUCCUGCGUUUUAAAGUUACAGAACAAGAGUGGCAAACUGUUUUGGACAAUCCAAUAUGGGAACAGAAAGAAGUGACAGUAGACCUUUUUCCUCAUUUGUACUUGAGUUACGACGACUUGCCCCCAAUCUUGAAGCGUUGUUUCUCAUACUGUGCCAUUUUUCCUAAAGAUACUGUCAUAAAUGUAGACAAGUUGGUCAGAAUUUGGAUGGCACAAGGUUUUCUCAGCACAGUUGAAAAUAACCAGCAGGAAGUUAGAGGACGCGAGUACUUCGUGAACUUAGCUAUGCGCUCUUUCUUUCACGAGUUGGAGACAGAUGAUAAAAACACAAGUGUGAUAAUAUCUUGCAAAAUGCAUGAUGUAGUGCAUGAUUUUGCUCAGUUUCUUUCAAGAAAUGACUGCUAUAGCAUCUCAGGGACCGAAAGCACAGAAAAAGUUCUUAAUGUUCAUCAUUUAUGCUGGGAGAGAACUGACACUGCAGUAACUCCUGUUUCUAUCUGUGAUGUUGGAAAGAUCCGCAGUCUUUUUGCUGAACACUUGCUCGCGAAAGAGCUUACUCUCGAUCUGGUCAAAGGUCUUAAAUGUCUGAGAGUUCUAAAUUUACAUGGCUGUGGAAUACAAGAACUCCCUCAAGAAAUCGGCAAUCUGUUCCAUCUGAGGUACAUUGAUUUAAGCAGUAGCCGAGUACAGAACUUACCUGAAGCCAUUUGCCGGUUGUGUAAUCUGCAAACGUUAGAUCUUCAAGGAUGUAAGCGUCUUUCAGGACUUCCUCAACAUAUAGGAAAACUGAUCAACUUGAGACACCUCAUUACAACUGACACUCCCAAGUUGGAAUCUUUUCCUCAAGAUAUCGGAAAUCUAACUCAUCUCAGGACUUUGAGUGACUUUGCAGUUGGGAAAGGAUCAAGCAAGCUAGGAUAUAUCGGAAAAUUGAACCAGCUUCAAGGGUAUGUGUCUAUCCAUGUGAUCGACAGUUUGAACUCUGCAGAAGACGUAGUUGAAGCACAAAAUGCAGCAUUAAGAAUGAAGCCACACAUUAAAGAACUACGUUUGAGUUUCUACUGGGCAAGUGAGGUAAGUAUGGAUGUGAUGGAAGCUCUAGUACCACCUCCAAACCUUAGAUUCUUGACGAUCAACGGAUACAGAGGCACUCAAUUCCCAACAUGGAUUACACUGUCCCUUAAUAAUCUUAGAGUUCUUACACUAAGUGAGUGCUUUAAUUGCACCUUUUUGCCACCUUUAGGUAAGUUGCCAUUUCUUGAAAUUCUUUGGAUAAGGCUUAUGGAUGAAUUGAAACAUGUAGGAAAUGAAUUCUUGGGCUUGCCAGGAACCAUUAACACAUUUCCAAAGUUAAAGAAAUUGAGAUUUUCAUAUUGUUCAGAGUGGGAAGAAUGGACAGACAUAAAACCAGAAGUUGGUUUUUCAGUAAUGCCUAGUCUGAAGGAGUUGGAAUUAAAUUGUUGUGAAAAGCUAAAUAGCCUUCCAUAUUGUCUCCUGCAAAGAGUGUCAUCACUAGAGUCUUUGAAGAUCAAGAUGUGCCCUUGUCUUGAGCUUGAUUGGACUGAGAUAACUCAUAUUCAGAGUAUAGAAACUGAUGAUGGGAUGUGAGGAAUGUUGAGUUCUUUUGUGAGAAGCCUGAAGCCGGAAUCACUGAUAAUCACCGGCCUUGUACAAACGGCUCAUCACACUAUGUGAGUUGGCCAUGCACAAAGUCGUUACCUUAACUGCAAGGGACUUAUUUAUCUCCUACAUGAGAAUGAGAAAGAUAUGUAUGAUAAUAAACUUUAUUUAGUUUUCUUCAUUUUUCUCUUUUGUUACCUGAAUUAUCCUUAACAUAGAGUAUGAACUUGUAUCCACGUUUUGAUGACAUGUACAUCAAGAUUUUUGAAUUUUAGAUGUUGAACAUAUAUAGCUUGAAUAUUCUUUGAACUAAAA